UUAAUCUGUGCAUUUAAUUCAAUUCAAAAGUAAAAUUGCGAAGCUUUUGUACAUAUUCGAAAAGAAAUAUUUUAACACUGUAAAUAGCUAUAAAUCAAAUAAUAGCGUAAUCACGCUGUUUUAAACUUUCUAAAUAUAAUGCUCUGCCCGUUAUUGUAAAGUCAGUUGUUUGAAAAAUGUCUAGUUUAUCUUCUGUGUCUAAGAAUCACUCUAGGAAACAGAAUAGUUCUCGCGAACGUUAUGAACGCGAUAGAAACAAGUCCGUAGCUUCUGAGUCGGGAGGUUCCAGCCAGUGUGACACGCCACCACUUAUUGAGAAGGAUGGAGCUCCCGCUCAAGGCAAGUUUGCAGGCAUUGGACCUGACUCGAUACUGUGCAUGGCAGAGCAAGUUGGGGCAGAUCUCAAUACUGAAGCAGCCACCAAUCUUGCUGAGGAUGUUAGCUACAAACUAAGACAAACUAUUAGUACAAUUGCGUUGCACAGUGAGAUGAUGAAGAAGUCAUGUGUGGACGGAUGGGAUGUGAACUCAGUGUUCACUUUGUCUGACACCAGUCCGGUGGUUGGUGCUACCGCAGCGCUAUAUGCGCCAGUGGGGGAGGAGAAAAUAUGCUGUGAAGUGGAAACAUUAAUCAAUGUAGCGGAAUACGCGAUGACAACACAAAGUUACGUUUACUCGACGUUGCCCACCGUGUCAGUGGAGUGGAUCACUGACGACAGAAGUUUAGCGAACAACAACAACAUCAGUAGCAGCUUGCAGACGUAUUUUACAAAAAUUGCCAGAGCGAUAUUAAGCUUAAAGAAGAAUAUCAGACAAGUGGCAGUGGAGGACCUAGCGCGGAACACACGCAUCGGCCCAAUAAUACCGAAUCUCUUCAAUCUGGUAGUGUUGGUAUUAAACGAUGACAACCUGAACGCUUUGAAUGUGCCGACAAAGAGGCCGCUGCAGUCCAACGUGUUAGACAUGGUGGAUGCGCUGUGUUCUAACCCCUGCAGCCUGGACACUAAUAUACAACAACAGUUUCAAAGGCUUUUUCCAGUGAUGGUCUCGAAUAUACUGGGCAAUGGAGUGCUGGCGGAGAAAAUGGUCGCUCUCUUGACGAAAAUAACACGAACCUGGCCUCAGUUCAUCACUGUGGGUAAAGGCAUCCUAUUCGACUACCUGUCGCAAGGCACCAAGGAGCGCCUGUCUCCGCCCAUGAUGCGCUGUCUAACCGCGCUGGGCCGGUGCGCGCUAGUCGAGUGUCUGGGGGACAGUCUGGACUAUAUCGACGACUAUAUCCACCACUCUAAGCGGGGCAAUGCCUCCGAACUACGGCAGACUAUACUGGAUGCAUCCACAUGUCUGCUAAGAUCUGAGCCGACUACGUUUUUGGAAGAUUAUGUGAUGACAGAUUAUAGCAUGUACGAAAUGUUAGGGGAUUCCGUUCUACCUAGGAGAACAGUGUUUCCUAUAAGAGAAUCGACACCGAGUGACACAAACGUUUCAGAGAAGACAUCGGACGACGAAUUCGGUUACCAGGCCCACAGGCCCAUACUAAAACGACCAAAAGUCAGACUUGUGACACACAGAAAAACAAACACAAGCAUACACAGAGACGCUGUGUUCGAACCCACAAAAUUCACAUUGAAAAAGAAACUUAUCACAUUAAGAAUAAAGAACUGUCGAAGUAGAGACGUUUGCAAAAGAAAUCAUGAUAGAACUUUGUGCAGUGUACAUACUAGUAGAAUAAACGGUAUUGUUAUAGCCAGUGGACUAUUAAACAGAUUUAGGUAUAGAAUAAGUAAAUGUAAUGAUUUUCCAAUAUAUGGAGCUUUAAUACUGUGAAAUUAUUUUUAUGUGAUGCCAUUUUCUGUAUAUAACGGUGGAGCCACAUUGAUGUACUACGCAGACAUUAUUUGACAGAUUUGUCAAAUGAAAUCAUUAUUUGUUUGUCAGAUUGAUAUUUGAUUGUAUAUUGCGGUUUAUGUCUUAUUUUCUUAUUCAGUAUUAAACUAGCGGACGCCCGCGACUUUAUCCGCGCAAACCCUAUCCCAACCCUAUCCUACAACCACUCUACCAUUCCCCUACUCGACCCCUUACACUACCCUCGAUCUAACCUACUCCUACCCUACCUCUGCCCUUUCCCUACUCUUAGUAUCCUAUGACCGUCUCCUGGUUCUAAACUACCUCUACCAAUUUUCAACCAAGUCUGUCCAACCGUUCUUGAGUUGUAAAUAGUGUAACUAACACGACUUUCUUUUGUAUAUAUAGAUAUAGAUAGACAUUAAGGACUAUUUAUCUAGAUGUCGCCCAAUAGUAAUUCAACCGUUAAAUUAUUUUAGCCUUUAAUGUGAUCACGAGUUUUUUUUAUUGAUAUCCAUCAGAAUAACAGCGAAAUAACGACAAAAAAUCAUGACAUUUUUUACCAGGGAAGAUAACAAUUAUGACAUUUUUAACCAGGAAGGAUAAUAAUAAUGACUUGUUUUACCAGGAAAGAUAAUAAUCGUGACAUUUUUUACCAUGUAAUAUGCAGACUAUGAUGAUGUAUUUGACCAGUGCCUAAAAUAAGUCUCUCUCGUCACAAGUUACUAAGCCUAGUAGUGGGCCGAUUUAAUUUUUUUCAAUUAGAAACAAUGGCGUUCACUUUACUCCUAGACUUAUUAAUAACAGGGUAUACAUGACGUCAUGAAAUCAGUAAGGACGUCAUGACAUGAUGACAAACAAUCAUGUAAAAAAAUGAUAUAUUAUGGAACGAAACAAUCAUGACAUAAUUAACCAGUAAGCCUAGCAUCCCAAGAGAUUCUAUCGUGAAGAGAAAAAUAUACCUAUUGUCGACCAAAAGCGACAGCAUCGAAAAUAUCGUUCGUUGUCUUUCGUUGCGAUGGAUUGAAAGAGAGAAAUCAUAGAGCAAUGUCAUUACUCUACAAAAGAUAAAUAUAGUAUACCCAUACUAGGCCUACAGGACAGAAAAAUAAUCAUGACAUUAUUAACCAGCAAAGAUACCAAACAAUCAUGACAUUAUUAUCCAGGAAAGAACAAACAAUCAUGACAUCUUUAAGCAGGAUGAAAAAAAAACAAUUGUCAUACUAAUAAUAAAAAUAAGUAAAGUUUAUGGUAUCAUAUGGGGUAAUCUUUUGAUCUACUGAGCCGAUUUUGAAAAUGCUUUUACUAAAGCCCCAUUAUUUAUAUUGUAUGUAUUUUUUCCCCGUAUCCUCACCGAAACGGGAACUACGCAGGUGAAACCGCGAAGCGUCGGAUAGUGUUUUAAUAAAUCAAUCUUAUCACCGAUUAAGUAAAUAAAUAAAAUGAAACGUAACCUAAAGUAAGAGCGCGUCUAAAGUGUUUUUCAGAUAACAUGGGUACGGUGACAGUCGCCUGUAUGACGUUCAUAAUACGUACUAUUAUCGUGAAUCGCGACAAACUUUCAAGGGUGAAACGAACUGUCACCCGCAACAUCCUACAUGAAACGAACUGUGUUUUUCGUUAAUAUUUUGUGGGCGCGCAUGGACUGAAAUUCUGAAAUAAAUUUCUGAAAUAUUUAAAUAGCGCAUAUUACAAUUAGAACUGUUUAGUAUUAAGUAAGUGUUACAUUAAUUAUAUUGUUGUAAUAUAUUUAUGUGGUUCUACUGUAUGAAUUAUAAUUUAUUAUUUGCUUA